CCAGGGGGAGCUGUGACGGUUGUCACGUCAGACCCUCCUCUUUGGUCCGAUGAGAUAAGAAGUGGCCCAAGUUUCGGUUAUUAAAAUGGCCUGUGAUCAUUGCAGCCAUUCAAAGCCUCGUAGCUGUAUCGAAACCCAGACGCCGAAGUUCGAAUCGUUCAGAAACCAAAUUUCUCUCUCUUUCUCUCUCUCUUUCCGGCCAUGAAAUUUUCUUGAGAAUCAGGCGGAGUUUUUCGUACUCCUGUCGAAGAAUUUUGGGGGUUUUGAACUGAGAUUUAUAGUUCCGCUUUUGGAAAUGGUGUCGCUUGAGGAUUCUCAUUCCACUUCUAAUCGGUUUCCUUUGGGAAGAAAUUGUUACAGUCCGUCUUCAACCACUUCCAGUAGAAUUAGCAGGAACAUUGGCCGUUCUAUGCGCACUAUUCGCUCUAAUUUCUUUCAAGAUGAUAAUGGCUGCUGCACAUUUAAUGGAUCGGUGGCUGGAAAAUCCGGCUUCGUCUCUGAGAAUCUUACUGAUUCUGUCAUCGACCUCAGGCUUGGCGAGUUGGCAUCUCGUAGCCCUAAGUGGGCUAACCAAUCGUCUGAGCAGGAACAGGAUUUUCUUGAACUUUCUCAUGCUUUCAGUGAUUUCUCUGCUUGUAGCAGUGAUAUUUCGGGAGAGUUGCAGAGACUUGCAAAUUUACCGUCCAUGGCGGUUGUUCCUAAAAGAGAAGGUGAAGUUGCCGAGCCAGAGCCAGAGCCGUGCUUAGGAUUUCUGCAGAGGGAGAAUUUCUCCACUGAGAUUAUUGAGAGUAUUUCGCCCGAAGAUCUGCAGCCGACUGUCAAGAUCUGCAUCGAUGGGCUCCAGUCGUCGUCAAUUGCGGUGAAGCGAUCUGCGGCGGCCAAGCUGAGGCUUCUGGCGAAGAAUCGGUCCGAUAAUCGAGUACUCAUUGGGGAGUCCGGCGCCGUUUCUGCUUUAAUUCCUCUGCUUCGAUCUACCGAUCCAUGGACGCAAGAGCACGCUGUAACCGCCCUGCUGAAUCUCUCACUCCAUGAGUCUAAUAAGGUUAUAAUCUCGAAUGCUGGAGCCAUAAAAUCGCUGGUUUAUGCGCUCAAAACUGGCACGGAAACUUCAAAACAGAAUGCGGCGUGUGCUCUGAUGAGCCUCGCUUUGUUGGAGGAAAACAAGAUUUCGAUUGGGGUUUGCGGGGCCAUCCCACCACUAGUAUCUCUGCUAUUGAAUGGAUCGAAUAGGGGAAAAAAGGACGCGCUCACGACGCUCUACAAGCUUUGCUCGAUCAAACCAAACAAGGAGCGUGCCGUUACUGCUGGAGCUGUGAAGCCAUUAGUGGCGCUGGUAGCGGAGCAAGGUACAGGUUUAGCAGAGAAGGCGAUGGUAGUUCUGAGUAGCCUAGCAGCAAUUCAAGAGGGAAAGGAUGCAAUUGUGGAAGAGAAUGGAAUUUCUGCACUUGUGGAAGCAAUUGAAGAUGGGUCGGUGAAAGGGAAAGAGUUUGCAGUGUUGACACUCUUGCAAUUGUGUGUUGACAGUAUAAGAAAUAGAGGGUUGCUCGUAAGGGAGGGGGGAAUUCCACCUCUGGUUGCACUUUCACAGACUGGAAGCGUUCGAGCAAAGCAUAAGGCGGAAACUCUUCUGGGUUACUUAAGAGAACCAAGACAAGAAGCAUCCUCAUCAAGUCCUUAAAACAAAAGGCCUGAACUGGGUUUUUUCAGAAGGUAAUUGUAUUAUCAAGUUCAAGUAGUGGUAUCCCUGAUUGCUGUAUAUAGGGAGUGGUUUUUUUAGAUGGUUUGUACAGUGUGGUUGAGAAUGUUGGAAGAACGAUGAUUAGAAUGGAGCAAAUAGUGCAGUUAGUAAAGCCAAAAACUGACGGUUAGAGAAGAUGAUGUAUGAUUUUGAGAUAGGUUCUGAGAUAUCAGUAGGUUUAGUUUUGUGGGUUUUGAUGAAAUUCUGGUUGGGCGUGUCUUGUAUGGGUGAACCCAGAUUCUGUGGAACUGAUCAUCUUUUUUCACAUAUUAAAGCUGCUGGGAAGUGCACAAAAUUUGUAAAUUCAUUGUGUUGGAUACUCAGCACAAAAGUUAAUAUCUUCUCUUCUUCUCC